AUGACCUCUACCUCGAAUACACCUUUUGCUACACCUGCAACCUCUAAUCCCAACACCCGACCGAGCACUCCUAACUCGUCUACCCCUCCCACGGGAGGCAUUGCCCCUGCCGAUAACGAUCUGCGAGAUGAUAGCUCCAAGCUUCGAACAUUCCUGGGCCUGUUGAAGAAGUUUAUCGGUGUCUCAGAUAUCGCAAAUGUUCGGUUUUCAUUGCCGUCACAAUUAAUAGAGCCUAUACCAAAUCUAGAAUACUGGCACUACUUGGAUAGACCGGAGACGUUCGUCAGUAUAGGAAGAUCAGAUGAGCCUCUCGGUCGGAUGUUGGAAGUGCUACGCUUCUGGUUCACCAAAGAUCUGAAAUACGUGAAAGGCAAGCCUUGCAAACCCUAUAAUUCGACGCUGGGGGAAUUCUUCAGGUGCCACUGGGAAGUCAACGCGGACGCCCCGCCUAUAUCUAACCCUUCCAAAGCACCGCCUCAGCCUUCCGUCGACCCCACAGAGCCGCAGGUCAAUGGCGACACUGGCGAGAAGCCAGUUCGAAUAUCAUUUCUCACCGAACAGACUUCACACCACCCUCCCGUCUCAGCCUAUUGGUACGAAUGCCCUUCUCGUGGCAUCAUUGCCAGAGGUUAUGACCAAAUCUCUGCCAAGUUCACGGGCACAUCCGUUCGCGUGAUCCCCGGUGCCUUCAACCGGGGCAUCUUCAUCACUCUUACACAGCGGGACAACGAAGAAUACCAACUCGUCCACCCGGCCGCUUCCCUAGGCGGUCUACUUCGGGGUUCCCUGUACAUCUCUGUCGCGGACACAUGCUCAAUAACCUGUCCGCAGACGAGGCUGAAAUGCCUCUUAACAUAUGUGGAGGAAUCCUGGUUUGGCAAGGCGCAGAACCGAGUCCACGGUCUCAUUUUCCGUUACGAUCCGUCUGACGACAAAUAUACGCGCGUCAAGGACGUUCCUGAGAAGGAUAUUCUGGCGAAGCUCGAAGGAUGCUGGCAAGAGCAAAUCUUUUACACGAUUCCGAACACCGCAGCGGUCAAGGAAACUCCAAACAUUGAACCGACUUCCGACAAGCAACUUCUCAUUGACCUACAACCUUUGUUCCCGGUGCCUAAGUCGUGUCCCCCAGCCCACGAGCAACUGCCGCACGAAUCUCGCACGUUCUGGGCCGAGGUCACCACCGCAAUCAACGAAAAGCGCUACUCGGAUGCGACCAGGAUGAAACAGGACUUGGAACAAGCCCAGAGAGACAAAGCUGCAAAGAGGAAAGACUUGAAUGUCGAGUUCAAGCCGAGAUUUUUCACGUCCUCUACCGAGGCCAACGGAAAGCCCGAGUUGACCGAAUACGGGAAGGAGACGCUCGCUGGCCUGGAGAAGAAAGAAUAUGGCAUCAACUUUGUGCCGGAGCCAGGGAUUGACGCUGACACGUAG